AUGGGUGAAAUAACGAGCCACACCUGCCUUCAUCCACACACACGUGUCCACGUAAUCAACAAGCUGAGCGAGGCGAGCUUUAAAAAAGCUCCAGUUUUUCUGCAGUGACUUGUUGUUUUCAGAUUGGUUCAGCUGUGUGGUUUGGUAGCAGCUGACAGAAGUGACAGAGUUUGCUGUGUCCGGCCUACAGCUGUGGCUGGAGCCAUGGGGUUUCCCUUAAGGUGGUUGCUGUUGUCCUUGCUAGCUGUUGGAGGACAUCAAGCAAAGGCUUACAGUAUUAGAUCUGCUGGGAAGUAUGGAGAUAAUGAAGUGCCAGUUGCAGGCUAUCAACCAGAUUCAAGCAGUAACACUGGAGACACAUCUUCAUGGAGCGCUGGGCUACGUGCUGUUGGUGGUUCAACCUCAAAUGCAAAUAAGCCACAGAUAGAGUCUGAAUAUCAACCUCAGCAGAGGCCGGUGCCCAAGCAGCCUAGCUACCCACACAAGCAAGUGCCGCAACGGCCGCAAGUGCCGCAACGGCCGCAAGUGCCGCAACGGCCGCAAGUGCCGCAACGGCCGCAAGUGCCGCAACGGCCGCAAGUGCCGCGCUACCCUGACAAGCAACCUCGACCACAGGUGUCCCGGCGACCUUCUUACCUUCCCAAACAGCCCCAACGGCCUCUCUACCUUCACAAACUGUCCCUGAAGCCACGCUACCAGCCCAAGCGGCCAGAAAGGCCACAGGUCCCCCAGCAGCCAAGCUACCCUACUCUGCAGCCUCAGCCUCAGGAGCCCCAGAAGCCAAGCUACCCACGGCAGCAGCUUCAGCCCCAGAAGCCCCAGAAGGUGCCCCAGGAGCCAAGCUGCCCACCGCAGCAGCCUCAGCCUCAGCCCCAGGAGCCCAGCUACCCACCGCAGCAGCCUCAGCCCCAGCCCCAGGAGCCCAGCUACCCACCGCAGCAGCCCCAGCCUCAGCCCCAGAAGCCAAGCUGGCAGCAGCUUCAGCCCCAGGAGCCCCAGAAGCCAAGCUACCCACGGCAGCAGCUUCAGCCCCAGGAGCCCCAGAAGCCAAGCUACCCACGGCAGCAGCUUCAGCCCCAGGAGCCCCAGCAAGUGCCCCAGAAGCCAAGCUACCCACCGCAGCAGCUUCAGCCCCAGGAGCCCCAGAAGCCAAGCUACCCACCCGCAGAGCCCCAGGAGCCCCAGAAGCCAAGCUACACACCGCAGCAGCUUCAGCCCCAGGAGCCCCAGGAGCCCCAGAAGCCAAGCUACCCACCGCAGGUGCCCAGCUACCCACCGCAGGUGCCCCAGCCCCAGGAGCCCCAGAAGCCAAGCUACCCACCGCAGCAGCUUCAGCCCCAGGAGCCCCAGAAGCCAAGCUACCCACCGCAGCAGCUUCAGCCCCAGGAGCCCCAGAAGCCAAGCUACCCACCGCAGCAGCUUCCAGCCCCAGGACCCCAGAAGCCAAGCUACCCACUGCAGCAGCCCCAGCCUCAGCCCCAGAAGCCAAGCUACCCACUGCAGCAGCCUCAGCCCCAGAAGCCAAGCUACCCACCGCAGCAGCCCCAGCCUCAGCCCCAGAAGCCAAGCUACCCACGGCAGCAGCCCCAGCCUCAGCCCCAGAGGCCAAGCUACCCACGGCAGCAGCUUCAGCCCCAGGAGCCCCAGAAGCCAAGCUACCCACGGCAGCAGCUUCAGCCCCAGGAGCCCCAGAAGCCAAGCUACCCACCGCAGCAGCUUCAGCCCCAGGAGCCCCAGAAGCCAAGCUACCCACGGCAGCAGCUUCAGCCCCAGGAGCCCCAGAAGCCAAGCUACCCACCGCAGCAGCUUCAGCCCCAGGAGCCCCAGCAAGUGCCCCAGAAGCCAAGCUACCCACCGCAGCAGCUUCAGCCCCAGGAGCCCCAGCAAGUGCCCCAGAAGCCAAGCUACCCACCGCAGCAGCUUCAGCCCCAGGAGCCCCAGCAAGUGCCAAGCUACCCACCGCAGGUUCAGCCCCAGCCCCAGCCCCAGAAGCCAAGCUACCCACCGCAGCAGCUUCAGCCCCAGCCCCAGGAGCCCCAGAAGCCAAGCUACCCACCGCAGCCCCAGCCCCAGCCCCAGGAGCCCCAGAAGCCCAGCUACCCACGGCAGCAGGUGCCCCAGCCCCAGAAGCCCCAGAAGCCAAGCUACCCACCGCAGCAGCAGCCUCAGCCCCAGAAGCCAAGCUACCCACCGCAGGUCUUCCAGCCCCAGGAGCCCCAGAAGCCAAGCUACCCACGGCAGCAGCUUCAGCCCCAGGAGCCCCAGAAGAUGCCCCAGGAGCCCAGCUACCCACCGCAGCAGCCUCAGCCCCAGCCCCAGGAGCCCAGCUACCCACAAGUGCCGCAACGGCCGCAAGUGCCGCAACGGCCGCAAGUGCCGCAACGGCCGCAAGUGCCGCAACGGCCGCAAGUGCCGCGCUACCCUGACAAGCAACCUCGACCACAGGUGUCCCGGCGACCUUCUUACCUUCCCAAACAGCCCCAACGGCCUCUCUACCUUCACAAACUGUCCCUGAAGCCACGCUACCAGCCCAAGCGGCCAGAAAGGCCACAGGUCCCCCAGCAGCCAAGCUACCCUACUCUGCAGCCUCAGCCUCAGGAGCCCCAGAAGCCAAGCUACCCACGGCAGCAGCUUCAGCCCCAGAAGCCCCAGAAGGUGCCCCAGGAGCCAAGCUGCCCACCGCAGCAGCCUCAGCCUCAGCCCCAGGAGCCCAGCUACCCACCGCAGCAGCCUCAGCCCCAGCCCCAGGAGCCCAGCUACCCACCGCAGCAGCCCCAGCCUCAGCCCCAGAAGCCAAGCUACCCACCGCAGCAGCCCCAGCCCCAGAAGCCAAGCUACCCACCGCAGCAGCCUCAGCCUCAGCCCCAGCCCCAGAUGACAAGCUACCCACGCAAGCAACAUCAGCCACAGCUGUUCCAGCGGCCUAAAGCCACAGAAACCGCAGAUGCCCCAUUAGCAACGUUACAUGUCCAAGAGGCCACAGGUCUCAGCAUCCACAAUACAAUAAUUAAUCCAACUUUUGCCCAAGGAGUUUCUCCAAAUUGGAUAAAAAAUGGGCAUCGUAACACUGGAGGUUCUUUGAAGACUGCUUUCAGCUGAGCCAUUGUAUUGACUUGUAAAACCAAAAUAAAAUAACAUCGUAUACUUAAA